AUGUCUCAGAUUUAUAUCCCUUCUGAGCAAAUCACAUUUACCAAGCAUCCGUCUGAAGAUCUGAAUGCCGAAGCUAUGUUACUAACUCAUAAUUACCAGCACAUCCUGGCAUUGGCUUUUGCAAUAAAGGAGAUCAAUGAACAUCCCUCCAUUUUAUUGAAUAAUACCCUUGGAUUCCAUAUUUAUAACAGCCAUUUCAGCGCAAGCUGGACCAUCCAUGCCUCACUGGAAGCUCUUUCCUUACAAGGAUUCAUACCUAAUUAUAACUGUGACAGCCAGAAGAAUUUGGUAGCCGCCAUUGGGGGCCCAAGUGCGAACAUUUUUUUACACAUGGCACUCAUUCUCUGCUUGUACAAGAUUCCACAGAUGGCAUAUGGAUCUGGUGCAGUGGUGAAUAAGAAAAUGCAGGAUGGCUUCUUUUACCAGAUGUUCCCAAACGGGGAUUAUCAAUACAAAGGGAUUCUACAAUUGCUGCUUCAUUUUCAUUGGAUCUGGAUUGGUGUGAUUACUUUGGAUGAUGAUAAUGCAGAAACUUUUGUGCAAAAUGUGCUUCCCUCCUAUUCCCAGAAAGGCAUAUGCUUUGACUUUAUAGAAAAGUUGCCUCAAUUAACUUAUCUUACUGGCUUUGAUCAGAUGUUUGAAGAAGGCUUUGGAACUUUAAACCUCCUCAUGAAGAAAACUGCUACUAUUUGGUUCAUCCAUGGAGAAAUUCAUACCAUGAUGAUUUUGAGACUGCUGCUCCAUCUCUCAACAUUUGGAGAUAGGCCAAUAGUGAUUAAGAAUAAAGUCCUGAUUAUGACAGCCCAGAUGGACUUCACCUCUUUACCCCUUCAAAGAAAUUCGGGGAUAUAUUUUCUCCAUGGCGCUAUGUCAUUUGCCGUUCAGUCAAAGGAAGUUCUAGGUUUCCAGCAAUUUGUUCAGAUCAGAAACCCUGUUUCAGAAAAAGAAGACGGUUUUAUUAAAACUUUCUGGGAACAGGCAUUUCUUUGUUCAUUCUCCGAAAAUGACCCACAGAAUGAGAAGAUAUGCACUGGGAAAGAAAAACUGGAAUCUCUUCCUGAAUCUGUUUAUGAGAUGAGCAUGACCGGCCACAGCUACAGCAUCUACAAUGCUGUCUCUAUAGUGGCACAUGCUUUGCAUGACAUGCUUUCAUCCACAUUGCAAGACAGAACAAUGAUGAUUGAAGGGAGGAACAAUUUCAGUCAAUAUCCAUAUCAACUCCACCACUUUCUGAAAGGAAUCUCAUUUAACAACAGCGCUGGAGAAGAAGUUUCUUUUGAUCAAAAUGGUGAAAUCCUCGCUGGAUUUGAUAUUAUCAAUUGGAUCACAUUACCAAAUCUAUCCUUCCAAAGAAUCAAAGUUGGAAAAAUAGAUCCCAAAACUCCACCAGAGAAAAUGUUCUCUAUUUAUGACGAUGCUAUUAUAUGGCCCAAUGAGUUUAACCAGGUACUUCCCCGUUCGGUGUGUAAUGAGAAUUGCUAUCCAGGUUCAGUCAAGAGAAAGAAGGAAGGCCAACCAUUUUGCUGCUAUGAUUGCUUCCCAUGUCCUGAAGGCCAGAUUUCAAACCAAAAAGAUAUGGAUAUCUGUUUCCAGUGUCCACAAGACCAGUAUCCGGAUUCAGAACACAGUUCAUGCAUUCCAAAAACAACGAGCUUCUUGUCUUAUGAAGAACCUUUAGGCAGUGGUCUGGUCAUUCUUGCUUCUUCCUUUUCUCUCAUAACAGUACUAGUGCUCUGGACUUUCCUCAAGUACCAGGACACCUCCAUAGUUAAGGCUAACAACCAGCAUCUCAGCUACGUUCUCCUCAUUGCCCUCUUGCUUUCAUUCCUUUGUGUUUUCCUAUUCAUUGGCCAUCCAAAAAAGGUAACCUGCCUCCUACGACAAACUGCCUUUGGCAUCAUUUUCUCUGUGGCAGUUUCUUCAGUGUUAGCUAAAACCAUCCUUGUGGUUCUGGCCUUCAUGGUGACCAAGCCAGGAUCAGGGAUGAGGAAAUGGAUGGGGAAGUGGAUGGUCACCUCCAUUAUUCUUUGUUGCUCAUUUAUUCAAGCUACCAUUUGUAUUAUAUGGCUAUCUGUAGCUCCCCCUUUCCCAGAUUUCGACAUGCAAGCGAUGACUACCGAAAUUGUUCUGGAAUGCAAUGAAGGAUCUGUCUUUAUGUUCUACUGUGUCUUGGGUUUUAUGGGCUCCUUGGCCAUUAUGAGCUUUACAGUGGCUUUCCUAGCAAGAAAGCUGCCUGAAAGUUUUAACGAAGCCAAAUUUAUCACUUUUAGCAUGUUAGUAUUUUGCAGUGUUUGGUUGUCCUUUAUUCCCACUUAUCUGAGUACAAAGGGAAAAUAUAUGGUAGCUGUGGAGAUCUUUUCCAUCAUAGCAUCCAGUUUUGGGUUACUGAGCUGUAUCUUUUUUCCCAAAUGUUACAUUAUUUUGAUUAGGCCUGAAAUAAAUAACAAAAGUAUUCUAAGACAAGGAAAGAAGUAA